GAGAAGUUCUGAGAUGCGCUGACUCUUGGCAGGUUUCUCGAUUCGCUUACGGAAGCCUCAACAAAACUCGCCAAUCUAAUUUGCUGGUACUGCUAUUCACGCCUGAAACUUAAAGUUCUAAGUAGAAGCGAAUAUCAAUAAUUUAUUACACCUUCAUAUACGUAUUUAAUAGAUACAUUCUGAAAAGAAAUAAUCAAAUGUCUUUUAAAAUGAAUAAAUACUUGGAUCUUGCAAAAACAGGUACCAGUUAUGCCAAACAUAUGAAUCGUUUAAGUAAUCGAAUAUUUGGUGAAGUAACAAGAACGACUAAUAAAAAAUCGAUGAAAGUAGUGACAUUAUUUAGCGAAAGACCAAUAAAUAAGCGACCAGAAAUUGUUGAUUAUUAUCCACGGCACGUUGAAUCUGAUUUAUUAAUGAAACAUCUUAGGAGUUAUGGAUUAUACAGAGAUGAACAUGAAGAUUUUAAGGAAGAGUAUCAACAUUUAAGAGAACUUCGUGGCAAAAAGAAAUGGAUUCCUCCACUAUUUAGGAAGUAAUAAGUUAUUUGAUUUGUUUAAAUUCAGUGUAUUAAAUCAAACUGUAUUUGUAUAAAAUGUAUUUCAUAUAAUACAUGUGCUUACUUAAAUGCCAAAUGUUAUGUAUAAAUAAUAAUGUAAAGAUACCAAAAUACAAAAUGAAAAAAUAGGUAUAAUUUUUUAGAGUAUGCAACAGUAAUAUUAGAAUAAGAAACAGCUUCAAAAUUAAGUGGUAAUAACAAUUCAAAAUCAUCUAUUUCUAUUUGAUCCUUAUUUUGUUGUACUGUAACUUUAUCAAAUUGUUGAAUGUUGCACAAUAAUGAUUUAUUCAUAGCACCAUUGAAAUUUCCUACAAAUUGAUUCUUUUUUUGAGAACUUCCAAUUUCUUUAUAUUUAUAGAUAUUACUACUUGGUUCUUUUGCUACAUCUAGAUAAGACAUUUUAUAGUAGCCAUCGGAGGAAGAUGCAUUCUUAUUGUUAAAAUUAUUGGAAAUAGAUGGAUAUAACUUAUUCCAAAAAUAAGAUUUGUUCAUACUUUCUAUAGGUACCUCUUGAUACUUUAUUGCUGUCCCAGUUUUAUUAUGUAAAUGUAUUUUUGUAUUACCUGGCCAAUAACUUAUUCGUGAACCUAAUUGUAAAAGAUCUGAAUGAUUCCAUAAACUAUCAUGUACAUUAAUGUUUUCUUUAAAUGU